AUGGAAAAAAUAGAUAUGUUAGUUAAAGUAGUAAUCAUUGGAGAUACAACGGUGGGAAAGACAAACAUAAUGACACAGUAUUGUGAUACCAAUUUUAAAAUGAACUCUCUUCCCACAAUUGGAGCUGAUUCAAGGGUAAAGAUGAUAUAGAUGAAUGAAAGAGAAACUAUAAAGAUGAUGAUUUGGGAUACAUGCGGUCAAGAACGAUUCAAAUCCAUCACAAAAAAUACAUUUAAAGGAGCAUAGGGUUUUGUGUUGGUGUAUGAUAUCACAUCAAAAAGCACUUUUGAACAUGUGGAAGAUUGGCUAGAAUCAAUCAAUGAUAACAUUGAUACAAAUACAGUUUCGAUUGUUUUAGUUGGAAAUAAGUCUGAUCUGGAUGAAUUGAGAUAGAUUUCUAGAGAUCAAGGACAGGCUUUGGCCAACAAACAUAAUCUCAACUUUUUUGAGACUUCAGCCAAGUUGGGAAUUAAUUUAAGUGAGGUUUUCGUUUCACUUGCUAGAAAUAUCAGGAAAAUCAUAAACUCAGCAAACAAAGACACUGAGAUGCUCACUACAGACAAAACUAAGAGUAAAAAGAAGAAAGGUGCUGUUGAUAUUCCAUAUACU